AUGCAUCUACAUGACCAAGAGUUGUCAGGAAUCAAUUGUUGUAAUGAGUGGUUCAAAUUGAUGUUUUGUGUGUUGAUCACAAUGAUUGUGUAUUACAAGAUCACUUGCGGUAUUGAUUUGUCAAUCGACGAGUAUAUACUUGAUACUGUAUUAGAACCAAUCAAGUUCAACUUUGAUUUGAAUGUCAUGCACAAUAGUAAAACUAAACGUGUGAUAUCAACGAUCCACCUAGUUCAUGCAGCAACAUCCAAACCCCUGCAUGACAAGGUUCAAGAUCAUAUCAGCAAAAACUACUUGCUGUAUGGUGCAAUGUUUGGAGUAGCUACUAUUCUUGGUAGUUUCCUCUGUAGUCAGAUCAAAGAGACAGAAGUCAAACUCAAGUCCGAUGUCAGUGAAAUCAAGACUAUGCUGACUCCGUUCAUCGUCAAAGUCAAGAUGAACAAGGAGAGACUUGAUGACAUCAAAAAGGACUUGCACAGGAGAUGA